UGGCCUUGUGUCGCGAUUCGUUUCGUGCGAUUCUAGAUAGUCCACAAUGGGUAGAGACUACUUUUUUGUGGAUGUAAUACAUAGAGGGACUAAACCCAUUUUGCACCAGUACCUCUCGCGAAAUCAAAUAUUUUAUUUAGCUGACAUUUUCAGACUAGGAUACCGUUGAUCAUGUUUUCAGCGAGGAAGGGAUUAUGCGUUCAAAAUAUCGUUGAUUCCAAUUGUGAUAAGCAACGUCCUGGAUAGACCCUGACGCACGCUGCGGGCUGCACACUAGCCGGUGGCGUGCUCUUGCAGUAAUAACGAGGGCCGGACCAGAUUUCCCUGGUGCACAGAAGUCUGCCUGCGGACGACCUAUGAACCGCAUCACUCUUCUCAACGCACUGUGGUCUGAAAUCGCCGAUUUGCGGUCAUAAAUCAUGGCACCUAUACAGAAGGGCUCACAUAAAAUUCAAGGUUGCCCUAGAGUGUUAUCGAAGAGCAUUCCGGUGAUCAAUGAUGUCAUACAUACUGGUGGCGCUUCUCACACUCCUUGUCCGGACGAGCUUUCACUGCGGAAGUAUCAACUCUUUCGCAGGACCGUUUAACGUAUGGAUUGAGAGAGCUGACCCGUGCUACGAGGAUGAUAAACGACUGCACAUUAAGUUUUCGCACUACAACCCAAGCAAAAAGUUUGAACCACAGGUGUGGAACGGUAUCGUGAAUUUGACACGAGCAGUGGAUGAUACUUGGUGGAUCAAGGCUCCUUUCAGCAUUCGCAACAACAACCAGUGGAAAAAAAAUGCAAUUGUGCUGACCGCCUUGAGAAACGGCUGCAGUGGCGCGAGGAGCGUCAUGCCAUCGGAUUUACAGGAGUUGACUACGAAGCGCGGGACACCAUGCAGGUUCAAGCAGGGAGUGUUCUAUUUUCGAAAUUUAACUGUAAAACUCGAGUUUCCCAAGUUCCCACAACUACCCUAUGGCCACUACCGUAUGGAACUGGAAGCUGGGCAGCAAGAUGAAAAGAAAGCGGAGUAUUGCUUCAAAACUGUCGCCCAUGUUAUCCCCAAAUUAUAAGACAAAGGAUGUCGAAGGAUA